AUGAUGUUCUUUGCAUUCGGGAAUCUGAUCUACAUCUCUGUACUCCUCGUGAACGCCAUAGCGAUCCUUUCAGAAGACCGUUUCCUCGCGCGCGUGGGAUGGUCGAAUAGUGUUUCAGAACCGGCGUUUGGGACGGGUAGUGGCGGCGAUGCGAGCGUGAAGAGCAAACUGAUAAACCUGAUGACGAGUGUGCGGACGCUGAUGAGGAUACCCCUGAUAUUGAUUAACACUGUGAUAAUCGUAUACGAGCUUUUCCUGGGAUGA